GUGGACUUUUUCCCAAUGAUUCUCUUUAUAAAACCAUAUGCCGUCGAACAUCAUCAACAUCACAAAUCUGUUGCAGUUCGCCUCGUGGGCAAAAACGUGGGGCGACGACUUCCCCGGCCGGCCGGAAGCUGCAGCCUCGAGCUCACUGAUCUGUGGAGGAGGAGCGGCGUGAUUUCUUAUACCGUUGAGCUGCGCGGAGACAAGACAGGAAGCAUGGACGUCGUGGUCCCGGACAGCACGCGGGUGGCGCCAGAGGCGGAGAUCGAGAAGCACCAGCAGGCGGAGGGCGACAUGGAGUCGGACCCUGCGCUGGCCGCGGCGCAAGAGCGGCAGCUGCACCCGCCGUCGGAGCGAUGGCAGGACGAGCUGACGGUGCGUGGCGUGGUGGCGGCGCUGCUGAUCGGGUUCAUAUUCACCGUCAUCGUCCUCAAGAUCGCGCUCACCACGGGGCUGGUGCCCACUCUCAACGUCUCCGCGGCACUCAUCGCCUUCCUCUCGCUCCGGGGGUGGACGCGCCUGCUGCAGCGCCUCGGCAUCCCGUGCCGCCCCUUCACACGCCAGGAGAACACCGUCGUCCAGACCUGCGCCGUCGCCUGCUACACCAUCGCGUUCGCCGGUGGGUUCGGGUCGACCUUGUUGGGCCUGAACAAGAGGACGUAUGAGCAGGCCGGGGACUCGGCGGGCAACGUGCCGGGGAGCUGGAAGGAGCCAGGGAUUGGCUGGAUGACGGGGUUCCUGCUGGCUAUCAGCUUCGGAGGGCUCCUCACCUUGAUUCCCCUCAGAAAGGUUUUGGUCAUCGACUACAAAUUAACUUAUCCAAGUGGGACUGCAACUGCUGUUCUUAUAAACGGGUUUCACACCGCUCAGGGAGACAAGAAUUCAAAGAAGCAGAUCCAUGGAUUUCUGAAGUACUUUGGGCUGAGCUUUUUGUGGAGCUUCUUCCAAUGGUUCUUCACUGGAGGCGAUGUUUGUGGAUUUGUUCAGUUCCCUACUUUCGGUCUAAAGGCUUGGAAACAAACUUUCUUCUUCGACUUCAGCACCACAUACGUCGGUGCUGGAAUGAUUUGCCCACAUAUAGUGAAUAUCUCCACCCUCUUUGGUGCAAUUAUUUCAUGGGGAGUAAUGUGGCCACUCAUUAGUAAGAGGAAGGGAGAUUGGUACCCUGCAAAUGUACCAGAAAGCAGCAUGAAAAGUUUGUACGGUUACAAGGCCUUCAUAUGUAUAGCUCUUAUCAUGGGGGAUGGCCUCUACCACUUCACAAAAAUUAUCGGCAUCACUUCUAAAAGCAUGUAUCGACAAUUUAACCACAAACGAGUUGAGAACAGAGUGAGAAAUGUGGACAAUACGAUUGCACUUGAUGAAUUGCAACGUGUCGAGGUCUUCAAGAAGGGACAUAUAUCAUCUUGGAUGGCAUACACCGGCUAUGCCUUGUUAAGCGUGGUUGCAGUGAUUACCAUGCCAAUAAUGUUCCGACAGGUGAAGUGGUACUAUGUAGUUAUAGCCUAUGCCUUAGCUCCCGUGCUUGGAUUUGCCAAUUCCUAUGGAACGGGGCUCACUGACAUCAACAUGGGCUACAACUAUGGCAAGAUUGCUCUUUUUGUGUUUGCGGGUUGGGCAGGAAAGGAUAACGGUGUCGUUGCUGGCCUUGUUGGUGGUACAUUGGUGAAACAGCUAGUUCUUAUCUCUGCCGAUCUAAUGCAUGACUUGAAGACGAGUUAUCUCACAUUAACAUCCCCAAGAUCCAUGCUUGUAGGACAGGCCAUUGGGACAGCCAUGGGCUGCAUCGUCUCGCCUCUCACAUUUAUGCUCUUUUACAAGGCAUUUGAUAUUGGUAACCCAGAUGGUUAUUGGAAGGCACCGUAUGCACUUAUUUAUCGUAAUAUGGCAAUACUUGGUGUGGAGGGCUUCUCGGUGUUGCCAAAGUAUUGCCUCGAACUCUCCGGUGGAUUCUUCGCAUUUGCAGCACUCGCUAGUAUUGCAAGGGAUGUCCUGCCACGUAAGUAUGGAAAGUAUAUGCCCCUACCUAUGGCAAUGGCUGUGCCAUUCCUUGUAGGCGGGAGCUUUGCUAUUGAUAUGUGCAUCGGGAGUUUGGUGGUCUUCGUUAAGGAAAAGCUAAACAAGAAAGAGGCUGACUUUAUGGUACCUGCCAUUGCAUCUGGAUUGAUAUGUGGGGAUGGCAUAUGGACUUUCCCCUCUUCUCUGCUUGCCCUUGCCAAGAUUAAGCCACCAAUUUGCAUGAAGUUUACACCUGGAGGCUAGAUACUCAUCUGUGUCAUGAGUGUGGAAUAUAAAAUACAGUAAAAAAAAAAAGGUGAUUAGGCAUACAAUGAGUUUUCAUAGUGUUUGCUGUAUUCCAGGUUCCUUGGUGCUCGACCUUUCUAGAGCUUAUCAUAUGCAUGGUGUGAGGUUUUACACAGUUUCCUUGUAUUUUAUCGCGGUUAUUUUUGCGAGUAAGUUUGAUUGAUUUUGUGCAAAUGUAUAAGUGAGAAUAUGUAUGUGCAUAUUUUUCAGAUAACUCGAAAUUUGUUGGUGUGAUAUGGGAGUAUAUCUUAUUGUUUA